AUGGUGGCCGGGGCAGACCCCUUUGCUACGGGGUCGGUCCCCGUUGUUCCGGCUCCAGUCGCCGUCGUUCCAGCUCCAGUCGCUGUAACUACGGCUCCCGUCGCAGUUACUACGGCUCCCGUCGCGGUUACUACAGUUUCCGCCGUCGGUACUGCGGUUACAGUCGCUGCUACUACAGUUCCCGCCGUCGGUACUGCGGUUACAGUCACUGCUACUACAGUUCCCGCCGUCGGUACUGCGGUUACAGUCGCUGCUACUACAGCUCCAGUCGCCGGUACUCCAGCUCCAGUCGCCGCGUCAUCAGGAGAGUGUCCCGCCGUGGAGAAGUUGACGGUCUCUAAAGUUAUGAAUGAGUCGCAACCGACGAUUGCCGCUAUGGUUCUCUCGGCCAUCAGAGAGCUGAGUGGGAAGAAUGGUUCGUCGUUGCAAGCCAUCAAGAAAUACUUGGCCGUCAACUACAAAAUCGACUCCACUAAGUUGGCACCUUUCAUUGGGAGGUUUUUGAGACGCGCCGUCGCCAAACGUACCCUCGUCCGGACUACGGGAUCCGGCGCUUUGGGACGUUUCAAGUUGCCCGAUAUCAAGCAGGAAAUGGUGAAGGCCGUCGUGGCGAAAAAGAAGAAGAAACGGGUCAAAACUGCCAGAAAGAAGUAA